GCGGGACGUGUAUGUUGUUUGAGGCAACAACAUUGUCCGAUGCGAUGCCACCUACGCUCGUCCUCUCUUGCCGGGAGAUUGUGUCCAACUUCCUUGGCCACCAGCAUGUCUGGCCGUAAUCUGUUUGUUGCCUGCCUGCUGUUGCUUACCGGCUUCGUCCUCCACACAGAUGCGGCGAGACCUAGGCAUUUGAGGAAUCCCGCGCAAGUCGUGCUACCACCGAGCUUGGGUGGCGAUGUCCAAAGCGACGAUGGGACUAGAGAUUUAGGAGAGCAUGUAUUUACUCUCCGCCACAUCUAUCACCACGGCACGCACGAGUACCCAAAACUGCAUCGAUAUAUCGACAUCCAACCCCAGGAACGGCUAAAGGUCACAUACGAUAAUGGCGAGACAAUCGAAGACGCGCCGACCGAGCUGCGAGCACAGGCAGUUUCGACCAGAAUCCAACGACUGGUUGCCAGGAAUAAGACGGACAUCAACGACUUGCUAGCAGAAGCCGAAUGGUAUGGGAGAGCUGCAGAAUUGCCAGCUUCGUCAUGGACAACGGAUGAGAUAUCAGGGCCGAAUGUCAGCGACAAGAGCACUGUCUUGACGUUCGCGAAGAUGGCAGCGAACGCAUACGUCCAGUCGAGAUGGGAUGGAGAAUGGCUGCCAGUUAAGGGAGGCUUCAAUUAUACCGACGAUUUUGGAUGGCAGAAGGAUGGCCUCCGGGGGCACAUCUUUGCUGAUGAGACCAAUUCUACUGUGGUCAUCGGUUUGAAGGGAACUUCCCCUGCAAUCUUCGACGGCGCUGAUACAACGGGCAACGACAAACUCAACGACAAUCUUUUCGGGUCCUGCUGUUGUGCUCAAGGAGGGCAGUAUUUGUGGAAACACGUCUGCGAUUGCAUGACAGGGACGUAUCAGUGCAACUCGACCUGCCUAGUCAAAUCACUCAGACAGAAAGGUCAUUACUACUGGGCUGUGCGAGACCUCUAUCAUAAUGUGACCGAGCGCUACCCAAACUCCGACGUCUGGCUCUCAGGCCAUUCUCUCGGUGGCGUAGUCAGCUCUCUGCUGAGCUUGACAUAUGGGCUUCCGACACUGACAUUUGAGGCGUUCCCAGACGCGAUGGCUGCAUCUCGACUGGGCCUGCCAACGCCUCCGGGAUACCAGAUUGGUUCACAUCAUUCACGGACUGAUGUGCAACUGCACCACUUUGGUCACACCGCGGAUCCGAUCUUUAUGGGAACAUGCAAUGCAGCUUCAUCAUUUUGCACUAUUGCUGGGUAUGCCUUUCAAGGUGUAUGUCACACGGGCAAGACAUGCACAUACGACACAGUUGGAGAUCUUGGAUGGCGAGUCGGUAUUGGAACUCACAAGAUUGUCAACGUGAUCAAAGAUGUGCUGGAGAAGUACGAGACUGUUCCGAAGUGUGAAGCAGAUACCGAAUGUGUGGACUGCUACAACUGGAAGUUUUACGAGAGUAACGGCACGGAGACAACUACGUCAAAGAGCAGCACAUCCAGUACUACACGAACACGCACGGAAACAUGCAAGACACCCGGAUGGUGGGGCUGUCUCGAUGAGAGCACAACCACGACCACGACAACAUCCAGCUCCAGCAUCAGUAGCACAUCGACCUCGACAUGCAAAACCCCGGGCUGGUUUGGCUGCAAGGACGAGACAACAACGACUACCACGAAUACUAUCACGACUACCAGUGCUGCGCCGGGCUCGACAACAGCAGUAAUCACUACAACAUCGACAUCGACAUCCACCUGCCAUACGCCGGGCUGGUUCGGUGGCUGUGACGACCUGCCUGAAUCAACGACAACUUUCGCCGCGCCCAAACCUACAAAAUCAUCUUCCCAUGCGAGCGCGACAACAUCGAAUCCUGACGAUGAUGAUGACGACUGUACAUCAAGAGAAUGGUUUGGCUUGAUUUGCGUCGACCCUUCACCGACGAGCACAAGCGCCACUUCCGCCAAGCCCAGUUCGACUCACCUGCCGACCACGAAGCGAAAACACCACUGCGUGAAAAGGUACUGGUAUGGUACUUGCAAGAAGUGGCGGAAAGAGGAAGAUAUUGAGUACAAGCCAGAUCUGCGAUAGCAUGACCUGACAGGUGAAACUGCAGAGCUUUUCCUGUACUACAUAAACAUCAAAAUAAUGAAUCAUGAAAGAACA